AUGCCAGAAGAACUUGAGGUGGCAGGAGAGUUUGAGAUAGAGGAGACAAACAGUGUGGUAAUAGAGUAUAAGGAGGAGAUGACAGUAACCAGGAAGGAGGAGAUCAAGUGGCGUCACAGGCCAUUCACUACAGUCAUUGACACUUCCUUCGAGAAUCCUCCAAUUCAAGAGACACAACCCAUGAGACCCUAUGAAUACUUCAAAAAGUAUAUAACAGAUGAGAUCUUCGCUUUGAUGGCCGCCAACACAAACGUUUAUGCUAUGCAAAGUUGUACACUAGGUUUCAAAUCAACUGGUUCAGGGGAGAUCAGAACCCUUGUUGGUCUCCACCUUGCUAUGGGAGUGAUGAAAAUGCCAAGAGUCUCCAUGUACUGGGAAGCUGGGAUGGACAUUGGUAUUUUUCAAAACACCAUGCCCCGCAAUAGUUUCUUUCAGCUCCGAUCACAUUUGCAUUUGGUCAACAAUUUGGAGAAGCCAGCUGAGAACAAUUGUGUUUUUCAAGGUAUGUCCUCUCUAUGAUGCCAUACGCAGCAGGUGCUUGGAGCUUCCACUCGAGGAGAACCUUUGCAUUGAUGAACAAAUGGUGCCAUUUCGUGGAACUCUGUCUGUCAAGCAAUACAUCAAAGGAAAGCCACACCCUUGGGGGUUGAAAAUAUAUUUCCUGUGUGGGAAAAGUGGCAUGGCCUAUGACUUCCUGCUGCACCAAGGAGCUACAAUGGAGAUAUCUCAACAGCACAGGAAGCAGCUGGGACUUGGAGCUGGAGUGGUGUACCAUCUUAUCCAGCGAAUCACAGGGGCCAACCAUAAGUUGUACUAUGACAAUUAUUUCACAACAUACAAUCUUCUGGAGCUGCUGGCUGAGAGGAAAAUUCAUGCCGCUGGGAAAACAAGGGUCUGUCGCUUUACCAGGCCUCCUCUACAGUCUGACAAAGAGAUGGCCAAAAAGCCACGAGGAAGCUGUAAUGAAGUUGUAAGCCGUGAUGGUAAGGUGGUACUGGUCAAAUGGUAUGACAACAGAGCAGUUGUUAUGGCCUCCAACUUUGUUGGUGUUGGCAGAAUGGAUGAAGUGCAGCGGUGGGACAAGAAGACGGCCCAAUUUUUGAAGGUGUCCCAUCCAGAGGUGGUGAAGCUGUACAACAAAGCAAUGGGUGGUGUUGACCUGCUUGAUCAACUUGUCAGUCUGUACCGAACAGAAAUUCGGUCAAAGAAGUGGACCCUGAGGAUGAUCACACAUGCUUUUGAUGUGGCUGUGGUCAACAGCUGGCUGGAAUAUAGGCUGGAUGUCAAGAGGGCCAAUAUCCAGACAAAAGACAUCCUGGAUCUUCUCCAUUUCAAGAUUAAUGUGGCCCAGUAUCUGGUGAGAGUCGAGAAAACAGUGGCAGCAAAACGUGGAAGACCCAGUAUUUCUCCAGAACCACAAAAUGUCCCCCGCAGACCACUUUACAGACCAGUUCCGGAUGUAAGGCCACUACCUGAAGUGCAGUAUGACAUGGUUGACCACAUGCCAAACUACGUUGAAAAGAAAGAAAGAAAACCACCAGAUGCAAGGUGCCAAACUGUACAGGAAAAACACAUAUUUUGUGACAAGUGCAACAUCCACCUGUGCUCUGCUUCAAGGCUGCUCAUCGAAAAUGAGAAAACAUGA